AGGGGACUUUGUAGUAAUGUCAACCCAUGUAAUGGAUUUUGCUUUUUCUUGUAACAUACAGAUUUGCAAAUGACAAUGAAUUUCAAAAGGUGAUAUUUCAAAGACUCUUAAGAGAUGCACUAAAUGGUUAAAGUGCUUUUGAAAUAUUAUGAAGAAAGAUGGAUGAGCAUUGCAUAAAACCCAAAGAUUGUUCUGGCAUUAUUUAGGGCCUUUACAGAAAUAUAUAUGCAUAAAUGAUACUGAUUUCUCUUCAUUUCAAAGCAUGAUUGCCUCUAGCAUUUUCAAGCUUUAAUUCCUCCAGGCUGUUUUGAUGUUGUGUCUGUACAGCUAAGAAUAUUGUAAUUUUUAUCUUUAGAAGCCUUGUCAAUGCAAAACAAACAGCAACUGAUGCAAGUUAAUGUUGACAACUUUAUAUUGAGUUCACUGUGUAUUAUUUUAUUUGUAAGCUACUAAAAUAUGCAAGAGUAACAUAGCAUGACUGUCGUUCCCCAGGGAUCCAUAUCAAAACAAAGUGGGGAAUCACAUGAGCCUAUUCCAGGGAGAAUAAUGCAAUUCUUAAAAUGUAUAUAUUUAAGAUUCUUGGGUAUAAACAGUAACGGUAUCUUCCCAUUUGAAUUAUCUUUUUACGCAGUGGUAGCACAUGGUAGUAAGUAAAAUAACAUGUUAAAUCUGUUAGAUCUCAAAGCAGAUAGUAAAGGUUUUCCAUUUAUUGUUAUUUUUGUAUAAGUACACAGAAUUGCUUUUUCCUACUGGAGGACUUUGUAUUCAAGGUACAGAAUCUGGUGCAUCUGACAAAUUGGAAAUUAUUGCUAGUGGUGAGAACAUAAUUCUUAUUAUGUUUUCACAUCUCUUGGGCAUGUCUUGCUUUGCUUUCAGGGAUUCAGACUCUAGUUUUGAGCCUAUCAAAUUUAGAUAGUUUUUGGGGAUAGAUAAGUGAAGAAUGUAUAGUCAGAUGCACACAUAUGCCUAUAUGCAAAGUAUGUGUGUGUUUAGCUGUACACAUUUAUACAUAUAAUGUGGGGUACAUUCAGUGGAUUUAUUUGUAUAUAUGUGUAUAUAUGUUACUGUCAUUCUUUAGAAUUUCUUCUCAUUUCCUCUUGUCCAAAAGGUGGCCCUGUUUGAAACUGUAGAAAGAUUAUCACCAGUAGAAUUGUCCAAUAGAUCAUGGAAACAGACAAUAGUAUUUUGUUGCCUGGCAACCACCUACUGUGAAUGAAAAACAAAGCACUGACAGCUGCUUCCACAUCCUGAUAUUCCUAGUAGCUCAAGCAUUACAGCCCUCCAGAUGAGAUAGAGCUACUAAGUUUCCUUUGAGUAAGUGUAAAGAGAAGCUUUAAGCGAGCGAUAUUUAUGUUUUCCGUUUCCUUAUGCCAGCUUUCACUAUUCUAACAGCCAUUCCCAGUGAUGACAUCUUGCAAGCCUAUAGUACAGUAUCAUAACCUGACAAGCCAAGAACAGACUGGCCAACUGGUGGGAUGGAAAAUGGAGAAACCUUGAGCAAAACAGACAGCAUAGAGAAUUACAAACAAUGGCGGUGAAGAAGAAAUGCAUUGUGGUGAUGACUCCUAAUUUCGAAAGUGGCUUAAAUCUAAUUGGCUCCCCCAGGAUCUCAGCUCUUGUUACAUUUGUGGAGUUUCUUUUUUGAGAGGCAUCUGGAGAGACUGAACUGCCACUGCCAGUUGGCAUGCAGGGCCAAAAUAUGUGGUACAUUCUCUAUGGGGAAGGAAGAGCUCUGCUUGAACUUUCUCUGCUUAAAAGAAGUUAUGCAUAAUGCCACAGAGUCUAUCAGUUAAAAAUAAGGAGCAAGAGGACAUCAGAAAGAUGAAGAUAAUGUUCUCAAUAUGAAUGGAAUGCUGUGUAGAGCACCAAGUUUGGACAAUGGACAAAGAUUAAAAUUGGAUACUUAGGAACUUACAAUUUGUAAAACCAGAAACCAAGACAAACCUGAAUCAUACAAAUGACCUCAAUGGGAAAGGAGGCAGAUAUGUUUAAGUGAGCCAGCUUGAAGGAGUUGAAGCAUCUGGCAUGUCAAAGCCACAUUGUCUUCCACGGGACUUCCUUUGUGAAUGGCUCCUAUUUAAAAGACUUUUGUGAAUACGCUGCUGUUUCAAUCAAGUCCUCAAAGAACAUAUUUGUCUUCUGAUCUGCUGGAGGUCUUAAGGUAGCUACUAGAGAAUGUGCUCUACAGAAAUGAGGAUGUAAACCAAGAAAGAGGAGACCAUGGGAUCCAGGAAACGGGGGACCCAGCACAGGCGAGAGGCACAGGGAUUUCGCAAGAUGGUGUUAAAAAGAAGCCCCAGGACAACAGAACCUGAUGAUCUCCGUGGGGACCCUGAGCUCAGCCAUCAAAGCGCCCCUGUCUCCCAGGAUGUUCGUAAUUCAACAGUAGAUGCAGGUGGCAUUGAAAGCAUCGCCCAGUGUCCCCAACAGCUUCCUCAGAUGAUGGCUGCAGGUAAAGCUGCUGAUGGUUUGGGGAGUAUAGCGAUAGAUACAACCCAGCUCAACAUGUCUGUGACAGAUCCCACAGCCUGGGCCACCGCCAUGAAUAACCUGGGCAUGGUUCCCGUGGGGUUGCCUGGACAGCAGCUUGUGUCUGAUUCAAUCUGUGUACCAGGCUUCGAUCCAGGGCUCAACAUGAUGACUGGGAUCACCCCCAUUAACCCAAUGAUACCAGGUCUGGGGCUAGUCCCACCUCCACCACCAACAGAAGUGGCUGUAGUUAAAGAAAUAAUUCAUUGCAAAAGUUGUACUCUUUUCCCUCAAAAUCCAAAUCUUCCACCUCCCUCCACAAGAGAAAGACCUCCUGGGUGUAAAACUGUGUUUGUCGGAGGAUUACCAGAAAACGCCACUGAGGAAAUCAUUCAAGAAGUCUUUGAGCAAUGUGGUGAUAUCACAGCAAUUCGGAAAAGCAAGAAGAAUUUUUGCCACAUUCGUUUUGCAGAGGAGUUCAUGGUUGAUAAAGCCAUUUACCUUUCUGGUUACAGGAUGCGAUUAGGGUCUAGCACAGACAAAAAGGAUUCCGGCCGCCUGCACGUGGACUUCGCCCAGGCCAGGGAUGACUUCUAUGAGUGGGAAUGUAAGCAGAGGAUGCGCGCCCGAGAGGAGCGGCACCGCCGCAAGCUGGAGGAGGACCGGCUGCGGCCCCCCUCCCCGCCGGCCAUCAUGCACUACUCAGAGCACGAAGCUACCCUGCUGGCCGAGAAGCUGAAAGAUGACAGCAAAUUUUCAGAGGCCAUCACAGUGCUCCUUUCCUGGAUUGAGCGCGGGGAAGUGAAUCGCCGUUCCGCCAACCAGUUCUACUCCAUGGUGCAGUCAGCCAACAGCCACGUCCGCCGGCUCAUGAAUGAGAAAGCCACCCAUGAGCAGGAGAUGGAGGAAGCCAAGGAGAAUUUUAAAAACGCCUUAACCGGAAUCCUCACUCAAUUUGAGCAGAUUGUGGCCGUUUUCAACGCUUCUACCAGACAAAAAGCUUGGGACCAUUUCUCGAAAGCUCAGCGCAAGAACAUAGACAUUUGGCGAAAGCAUUCUGAGGAGCUCAGGAAUGCUCAGAGCGAGCAGCUGAUGGGCAUCCGGCGCGAAGAAGAAAUGGAAAUGUCAGACGAUGAGAACUGUGACAGCCCUACUAAAAAAAUGAGAGUUGAUGAAUCAGCCCUGGCGGCUCAGGCCUACGCUCUCAAGGAGGAGAACGACAGUCUCCGCUGGCAGCUGGAUGCCUACAGGAAUGAGGUGGAGCUGCUGAAACAAGAGAAAGAACAGCUUUUCCGAACAGAAGAAAACCUCACCAAGGACCAGCAGCUCCAGUUCCUGCAGCAAACCAUGCAAGGCAUGCAGCAGCAACUGCUGACCAUCCAGGAGGAGUUAAACAACAAAAAGUCAGAAUUGGAACAAGCAAAGGAAGAGCAGUCACACACACAAGCAUUGCUUAAAGUCCUCCAGGAACAAUUAAAAGGCACCAAGGAAUUGGUGGAGACCAAUGGUCACAGCCAUGAGGAUGCAAAUGAAAUCAAUGUGUUAACAGUUGCAUUGGUCAACCAAGACCGAGAGAACAAUAUUGAGAAAAGAAGCCAAGGCUUAAAAUCAGAGAAAGAAGCUCUACUAAUUGGCAUCAUAUCAACGUUUCUUCACGUCCAUCCCUUUGGAGCGAACAUAGAAUACCUUUGGUCAUACAUGCAGCAGCUGGAUUCCAAGAUAUCUGCAAACGAAAUUGAAAUGCUUUUGAUGAGGCUGCCACGCAUGUUUAAACAGGAGUUCACAGGUGUGGGAGCAACGCUGGAGAAAAGGUGGAAGCUGUGUGCCUUUGAAGGGAUUAAAACUACCUAACUGUAAGAGCAAAAAGUCUGUGGGAAUGAAGCCGUCUGAACCCGACCAGGGCUGUGCAGCGUGAGAGCGGGAAGUCUGGGGGGGCCCCGUGCGGGGUUUUGUGGAGCCCUCAGAGCCUGACAUUCGUUCCAUCCGUGGCAUUCUCUUGUGAGUGGAAAUGUCAUUGUGUGCCAGUUCCUUAAAACCCAGCUCAUACUGUGA